AUGACAGAGAACCACAAGAGCAAGACGACCAACAUCACUGACUCUCUGGAUAACAAAUCCCUCCGUGUCUCCACCAUACUGGUAAACACACAUUUGGCGUGUUCUCUGUCUUUCUGCUGCCCUACACAUGCACACAGCAGGAUCACUGAAGUCAUGACAACUGAGAGGAGAGAUUUAACCCAUUCAGUAGGGUGUCCAAUCAAAACGCAUCUUUUAACCAAUGGUUAAAAUAAUAUGUUAAAUGAAAAAUCUACCCAAAACCACUAACUCCUUUAAUAUAGAGUGUUAAAUAAUACUAAUAUGUGAGAACAAUAUUUUUUGUGAACAAAUAUUUCAUUUUGUCAAUAAAUGUUGAUGUAAAAUCGCCUAAACAAACUGCACUAUCAAUUUAGGAGUCUGCAAUCUCCUCAGAGUGGAGUCUGACAUUCGCAACGGCAGAUAUACUUUUGAGGAGAUGGGAAACAUUGCCCAUGCUACGUUAAUGGGCCGCACAGUGCAUUCUGGGCGAUUCUGGGACAAGUAGCGCAUGGGAGUCUACUGGGCGCUAGCUCAAAAAUCCAACAUUAGCACGAAUUUCAUCAACAAGAAGUACAACAUUACAAAUAUUUUCCAGAGAUGUGAGAUAAUUAACUUGCUAUCUGUAAUAUCGAAUUGCUUUGGAAUUGUGACAUUACAUACUUUCGAGGAAAAUAGGCACGGUUCUCGACAUAUACACUGACUUUGAGAAGGGAUUGCGUGAUGAUUAGUUUAGCAACCGCGUGACACAGCAUGACAACGUGAACGCGAUUGGUUGACAGUUUGCUGGGUGGGUUGUUCCUUCAUUCAACGGCACCAUGCAUUGCACCCUGGACUAAAGAGUUAGACAAAUAGGAAAAAUUAGCUAAACCCUCUGUUAAAUUACACAUUUCUCGAUGUAGGAAUAUCGCAAAAAUAUGAUAAAUAGCUCAUUCGAGAGAAGACAUCCUCCCGAGUUAUGACAUCGGCCAGUAUUGAAAUCUGACAUGUAUGAUGGACAUUUUCGUGAUCUAAAGUCGUAGUCCUAUUAACUUCCAGUGUAGUGAGAGGGACUUUAUCACAGUGCUAUGUCAUACGGGCCGGAUUUCUGCCAUUUUGAACGCCAAUAACUCAGAUACAUGUGAAAACAUGAAAUGACCCAGGGAAUCGAUAGAACAUCACUCAGAGAUGCACAAAAACAAUAUAACAUUCAAAAUGGGUGAACCUUUCCUUUAAUUGUGUAGAUACUCCUCUAAGAAAACCAAUGGUCCAAACCUCAUGCCUCUAUCAUAAUCUGUUCAAAAGUUUUUACCCUUGUAGAAUGGCCAAAAUGAGGGUGACUAAAUCAAUGUAGGCCAGAGAAAAAAAAGUUGUCAAAAAUCUGGAAAAUAGCAUUGCGUCUGCUAGGCUGGAUGCUGUGCGAGAAUUAAGGCUAACUGACAAGCUCACCAUUGAACUCGUCAUCUUUCUUCUCGAAUCCAGAGGACAUAAAACAAUAUUGAAGUAAGAUAGAUAUCGAUUUUGAGACAUAUUUUAGUAUAUGCUUUUCUUAAUGCAAAAUUCCUGUUCUUUUUAGAAGACGUCUCACAAAAACAAGCGUAUCUCUGUGUAAUGUCAAAUAAGCACAGAGCAUACUGCAAGCUUUUUAUUUUCAAAGCCUUUUACAUUUAACUCAGCUCGUGUCAUGCUAAUUUAGCUUUUUGCGACCCACGGAAACAACUUUGCAGACAACCACCACAACAUGUAAAAUGUUAAAGUCGUUGCGAGAAAGCGGCACCACUCUGUCAACAGAGCUCGGUGCCUAUUAUCGGAUGUAUUAGGUUACGAAAUCCGACUUUUUGGAUAUAAUGUUAAUCCUAUGUUAGAGAAAGACCCCACUGAACAAUUCAGAACAUGAAGAAUAUUAUUUGUCUUGGUAAAAUGUAUUUCAUAACAUAAAGAAGUGAAAUUUCAUCACCAAAGCGAGUUUUGACCCACUCUGGCAGAGUGGGUGGACACUACAUUCAGUACUAUUAAUUUUAGGAUUUAGUAUUUUAUUAGGAUCCCAAAUUAGCUACUGCCAAGGCUCUUCCUGGGGUCCAAACAGGAAACCAAACACAACAAAUAGAAUACAUAAAAUACAUAAUAUACUGUACAUAACACUAAAUAAUACAAUAUAUAAUACAAUGCAAAAUAUAUAAAAAUGUCUGUGUGUCUCUUUACAGUCCCCGUUAUGCCGUAAGGUGUUUUUUAAUCUGGUUUUUUAAUCUGGUUUUAUUGCUAGCUUGAAUUACCUAGGGUGGCAGAGAAUUCAAGGAUAGGACUUCAUAGUCUAGCAUACUCUUGAACAUACAUAGACAUUUUACAUUUUAGUCAUUAACAGACCCUUUUAUCCAGAUCGACUUACAGGAGCAAUUAGGGUUAAGUGCCUUGCUCAGGGGCACAUUGACACAUUUUUCACCUAAUCAGCUCGAGGAUUCGAACCAACAACCUUUCGGUUACUGGCCCAAUGCUUUUAAAGUGGAACUGACAGCGUUUUAACUAUUUUGAAGAUAUGAAACAAACAGACAAUAAUAAUCUAAAAGUCCCAGUUUAUGCUACAAAACCAACUUCAUAAGAGGUUUUAAAAAUAGGUUCUAUUUGACAAAAAAAUCGAUGACGUAGAGUAAGGCAUUGCUGCCAGAAUAGAUGGAUGCAGUUCAAUGGAUAAUUAAUAUAAUUCACCAAUACAUUUCUUGGUAGUCCAACAAAUAUUGCUAUCAGGUUGUAAAUCACAGCUAGCCUGGUACAUUGUUUGCUGCCUCCAGCCAUUCGGGAUGCACUGUUUCAGCUUCAAGGACUCAAUAUUUUGGACGAAAACUUUUUACCACCAUAUCGCUUUUCAGUGGCUACAACUAGAGAUGCUUGUGUCAUUUGGUUAGCUAGCAAGAAAAGUGAAUCACUUUGCUAGUUAGCUGUGCUGAACUUUAACGACUGUUAUCCACAAUUAGCAUAUCUCUUAGUUGUCAAUCAAAUGUUUUUGGCAUUGAUCAAAUGGGAGGGCAGGCAGGCAAGUUCCCAUUCACUUGUCAAAACGUGGGUUGGGACAACCAUGCAUUGGCAGGAAAGUUGCAGAAGGGUGAGCAGGCUAUUCUCCGUAAUUUUUUGGUGCAAUUUUAACGGCCAACUACAAGCUGAAAAAGUUUGAGGUUUUAUCUACUGUUCCCUCGUCAGAUUUUUGCUCAUCUCGUUCUGGCUAACAUUAGUUGUUUAUCUUAUUGUUGUUGAUGUGCAUCAGCAACUGAGGGAGCGAUAGCCUACCUGUUCAUAGUUGUUUGAUCAAUAGGACUGUAAAGUUAACAAAUGUAAGAGAACUCCCGUGGUAUUUACAUAUUUGCAGAAAUUGAUUCUGGUGUAUUUUGUGGCUUUUUGUGAAUGCUUUCUAAUGAUCUAAGUUGCACUAUUCUUACUUCCUGUAAACACAAAGUCCAGUUCAAAGUGAAUGAUGGCAGGCCCGUGUGGCAAAUGGCCUAUUUGCAUAUAGGCCUACUGUAGCUCUGAUUGGCUAUGGCGCACUGGUCUGUGUACAGUCCAGUCCUGGACAAGACUGAUAUGUUUUUCUUACGUUUUAUUUACUGCAGUGUCUAUAAAUUCUCCACACGCACAACUGCUUUCCCACUCUCUAUUGCUAUAGAAUCUUCACAAAUGCCUUACUCUAUGUCAUUCCCAAACAUUCUAUGAAAGUAUGAAAACGUGAAAAUGACCAUAACUAAGUGCUUGCUUAUCAGACAAUGUAAAAAACAAGGUAUCAUAUUCUUCCUGAGGGUGUACAGUGCAUUCGGAAAGUAUUCAGACCACUUGACUUUUUACACAUUUUGUUCUAAAAUUGAUUACAUAGUUUUUUUCCCCCCUCAUCAAUCUACACACAAUAACCCAUCAUGCAAAACAAAAACAGGUAUUUAGAAAUGUUUGCAAAUGUAUUAAAAAUAAAAAACUGACAUAUCACAUUUACAUAAGUAUUCAGACCCUUUACUCAGUACUUUAUCGAAGCACCUUUGGCAGCGAUUACAGCCUCUUCUUGGGUAUAACGCUACAAGCUUGGCAUACCUGUAUUUGGGGAGUUUCUCCCAUUCUUCUCUGCAGAUCCUCUCAAGCUCUGUCAGGUUGGAUGGGGAGCGUCGCUGCACAGCUAUUUUCAGGUCUCUCCAGAGAUGUUUAAUCGGGUUCAAGUCCGCGCUCUGGCUGGACCACUCAAGGUCAUUCAGAGACUAGUCCUGAAGCCACUCCUGCUUUUUCUUGGCUGAGUGCUUAGGGUCGUUGUCCUGUUGGGAGGUGAACCUUCACCCCAGUCUGAGGUUCUAUGGAGCAGGUUUUCUUUAAGGAUCUCUCUCUACUUUGCUCCGUUCAUCUUUCCCUCGAUCUUGACUAGUCUCCCAGUGCCUGCCGCUGAAAAACAUCCCCACAGCAUGAUGCUGCCACCACCAUGCUUCGCCGUAGGGAUGGUGACAGAUUUCCUCCAGACAUGACUGUCACGCCCUGGCUCUGGGGACUAUGUUAUGUUGAGCCAGGGUGUGUAAGUCUAUGUUUAAUUUUCUAUGUUGGGCUGAGUGACUCCCAAUCAGAGGCAACGAGUGUCAGCUGGGUGUCUCUGAUUGGGAGCCAUAUUUUACUGUUUGUCUUGCACUUUGUGUUUUGUGGUUUCUUGUUCCUUUUGGUUGUGUAUCGAAGGACUUCACGUUUCGUUCUUUGUUUUGAUCGUGUGAUCAGUUGAAUAAAUAUAAUAUGUUCACCCGCAACGCUGCGCCUUGGUCCUCUCCAUUAGACGAUCGUGACAAUGACGCUUGGCAUUCAGGCCAAAGAGUUCAAUCUUGGUUUCAUCAGACAAGAGAAUCUUGUUUCUCAUGUUCUGAGAGUCCUUUAGGUGUCUUUUGGCAAACUCCAAGCGGGCUGUCAUGUGCCUUUUACUGAGGAAUGGCUUCCGUCUGGCCACUCUACCAUAAAUGCCUGAUUGGUAGAGUGCUGCAGAGAUGGUUGUCCUUCUGGAAGGUUCUCCCAUCACCACAGAGGAACUCUGGAGCUCUGUCAGAGUGACCAUUGGGUUCUUGGUCACCUCCCUGACCAAGACCCUUCUCCCCCGAUAGCAAAGUUUGGCCGGGUGGCCAGCUCUAGGAAGAGUCUUGGUGGUUCCAAACCUCUUCCUUUUAAAAAUGAAGAUUCCACUGUGUUCUUGGGGACCUUCAAUGCUGCAGAAUUGGUACCCUUCCCCAGAUCUGUGCUUCGACACAAUCCUGUCUCGGAGCUCUACAGACAAUUCCUUCGACCUCAUGGCUUGGUUUCAUGCUCUGACAUGCACUGUCAACUGUGGGACCUUAUAUAGACAGGUGUGUGCCUUUCCAAAUCAUGUCCAAUCAAUUGAAUUUACCACAGGUGGACUCCAAUUAAGUUGUAGAAAGAGCUCAAGGAGGAUCAAUGGAAACAGGAUGCACCUGAGCUCAGUUUCAAGUCUCAUAGCAAAGGGUCUGAAUACAUAUGUAAAUAAGGUAUCUUUUUUAUAAUAGUUUUUUCAUAGAAAAACAACAAUGUUUUUGCUUUGUCAGUAUGGGGUAUUGUGUGUAGAUUGAUGAGAAUGUUUUCUUUAUUUAAUCAAUUUCAGAAUAAGGCUGUAACGUAACAAAAUGUGGAAAAGGGAAGGGGUCUGAAUACUUUCCGAAUGCGCUGUAUAUGAACAGAUGUCAGUUCCACUUUAACCGCUAGGCUACCCCAUAGCUGGAGUAUGAUGUAUGUUUCUCUCUGCUCUCUUUUAUCAUCAUUCUCUUUCUUGUCCUUUUUUUGCCACUCUUUGUUGCCGUCCUGCUCUGCUUUAUCAUCUCUGUCUUUUCUCAUCCCUAUCUCUACCUCUCUCUCGCAUCCUACCGCCUCCCUUUGUCUUUAUCCCCUUAAUUUGCCUCUCCCUCCUUUCUUCUUCUCCCUCCAUCACUCCUUGGUCUUUUCUCAUCCCUCUCUCUACUCUUACCCCCUCCAUUUGCCUCUUCCUCCUUUCUACCUGUCCCUCUCUACCUCUCUCCCCCUUUACCUCCCUCUCCCUCCUUUCUUCAUCCUCCCUCCUUCCCUCUACCUCUCCCCAUCCCUCCCACCCCCAUCUUUCCUUAACAGGUGGAGCCCUAUGUGAUGUUCAAGAAGUCCGACAAGCCGCUGUACGGAAACGACCGCUUCGAGGGCUAUUGCAUCGACCUGCUCCGCGAGCUCUCGGGGAUCCUGGGCUUCCGCUAUGAGGUGAGUGGCUUUCCAUAUGGCUCAGUUGGUAGAGCAUGGGGCUUGCAAUGCCAGGGUUGUGGGUUUGAUCUCCAUGGGGGGCCAGUAUGAAAAUGAAUGCACGUACUACGACAAGUGUCUGCUGAAUGGCAUAUAUUAUUAUUAUUCCUGUUGUAGUUGUUACUUUUAUAAUUAAUAUCACUGUUAUUAUUAUUAUUAGGUGCGCCUGGUGGAGGACGGCAAGUAUGGGGCUCUGGAGGAGAGCACGGGCCAGUGGAAUGGCAUGGUCAGGGAGCUCAUGGACCACGUGAGUAGUGGAGUGGAGGAGUGGACUGUUGUCAUGGUUACCGUGGUGGUUAUUGGUGGGUUGCCGUGGUGAUGAGCAUACGGUUUGGCGGAUAAUGGAUACAAUGGAGCAUGGUCUUUGAAUAGGUUCAGAGGUUUUGACUUUAUAGGGUCUGUUUGUGUCUAUAGUGCACCAAUUAUAAUAAGGAUGCUUUUUAGUCCUUUCACUUCCCAGUUCCCACCAACUCUUGCAGAUUUCUUACAUAGCACUUUUAUUUAGCAAGGUAAGUCAUUGAGAACAAGUUAUAUAUUUAAGCAAUAAGGCCCGGGGGGGUGAGGUAUAUUGGCCAAUAUACCACGGCUAAGGGCUGUUCUUAGGCACGACGCGAAGUGAAGUGCCUGGAUACAGGCCUUAGCGGUGGUACAGUAUAUUGGCCAUAUACCACAAACCCCCUUAUUGCUAUUAUAUACUGGUUACCAACAUAAAUAGAACAGUAAACAAGUAUUUAUGCAUCAUACCAGCAUCCAGGACCCAAACUACACGGUUUAUAAUUUUCCCUUGUCCUUCUUGGAUCUUCCUCACAUUCUCAGUGACUGGUCAAAGUGUUGACAGAGAGGUGAUCCUAAAUUAUAUCUGAUAGUUUCUCAUGUGAUACUACAGCCCUGAUUGGUGGACUAGCUCCACUCCCCAAUCUAUGUCCUAAUUAUAUUGGUUUUAAUUUUAUUUCGGUCAAAUUCUUAUUUACAAUGACGGCCUACACCGGCCAAACCCGGACGAUGCUGGGCCAAUUGUGCGCCGCCCUAUGGGACUCCCAAUCACAGCCGGUUGUGAUACAGCCUGGAAUCGAACCAGGGGGUCUGUAGUGACGCCUCAAUCACUGAGAUGCAGUGCCUUAGACCGCUGCGCCACUCGGGAGCCCAUGUGAUACCACAGCCUCUAAUUGGUGGACUAUACCCACCUCCCAAUGUCCUAAUUUGAUUAGUUCUGAUGUGAUUCCACAGCCUCUGAUUGGUGGACUCCGACUCCUUACCCCAUCUCUGUCCACAGAAAGCAGACCUAGUGGUGGCUCCCUUGGCCAUUACCUAUGUGAGGGAGAAGGUCAUCGACUUCUCUAAGCCCUUCAUGACCCUGGGGAUAAGUAUCCUCUACCGCAAGCCCAACGGAACCAACCCGGGCGUCUUCUCCUUCCUCAACCCCCUCUCACCCGAUAUCUGGAUGUAUAUUCUUCUGGCUUACUUGGGUGUCAGUUGUGUGCUGUUUGUCAUAGCCAGGUAACAUGCCAUCCCUCACCGCUCACUUUCACAAACCAGACAGUGGCUUUUCUCUCCCUCUUACGAUACUAGUACAAGCCCAGAGUGUGAAGUUAUUCUACCUGUGAAACAAACACUAUGCCCCACAGGAAAGCUUUGACAGUGUGUGAAUGAAGUCCGGCUGACUGAGGCAGUGUAUAUGCCCUUAAGCUCAUGUAAAGAUUUCUUAUGUUAAGUACUGUGGACAUGCCCUCAGACUGAGGGAAACUGUAUAAGUAUCCUAUGGCCUUGUCUGGCCUUUGGUUGUAUAUUGGUUUGUUCAGCGUUAGGAGCUGAGUACAGUAUGUUUAUAUAGCUAUAUAGCUAACUGGUUUUCUGGAUCAGAUUACAACCAUUUAAAGAUGUAUUUUUCGCAACCAGAAAAAUACGUCUUUAAAUGGUUGUAAUCUGAUCCAGAAAACCAGUUUACAACAACAAUAUGACGCCAUUAUGACAUCCCAUGCCCAAUGUUGCCCGCUAGUUAGUAGAAUUCCCCUGAAGCCUUUACUAAUCCUAUGUAGAAAAGUGUUCAUUAACCCCAGAACUCUGGGGUGCCAGCUGUUGAGUGUUCUUUGGUUUGACCCCAAGAGUUUUGUGGUUAAUAUACUUUUUCCAAAUGUUACUGGCCUUUUGAUCACCUGAAAGGAAGGCAACAACUGUCACCUAAGUUGGUUCAGAAUAUGCACUUGUUUUAUUGUCAUCUUUAUUGAAGGUAUGUUGGGUAAGUUUCUCUAUAUUUUCAAUGUAGCCUUUACAUGGUCUUACGUUUACACAGUAAAAUGAACCCAGAUAUAGCUGCAACAUUGUCUGAGUGCAAGCAUGUUUGUGUGUCAACAUUAUGUGUGUAUGAAAGUGUGCUUAUUAUAACAGAUCCACAACAGAACUCUGUGCCAACAUAACGGAAAUGGUUCAGUUAACCACACUCUAGUAAUAUAAUAAUAAUAAGUGAUGAAUAACCUUGCUUGAAACCUGAAGACUUGGUCUUGGAGGCUUUAGCUCAGUAGGCUAUACUAGUGCUAUGGAAAUUCAGGGAACCUGGGUUUGAACCCGGUAAAUCACACCAAUAUUGCCUAUACUAUAGUCUUCUUUAUCAGAUAACUCUUCCUCUCUCUCCUCCAUAUGGGUGUGGAUGUGCAAUACCUCUAAGCCUGAUGUGCUGAUUUCUGUCCAGGCGUCAACUUGCUGAGCUCUCUCAUAAUUGUAGUAUUGACCACUCAACAAACAGAUUGAUUGGUUAAGUCCCUAUAUGUCAAGGAUAUUGUUUUCUUUAACCUCUACGGGAUCGGUGUCCCGUAUACGGGAUGGUUGAGCUAACGUGCGCUAAUGUGAUUAGCAUGACUGUUGUAAGUAACCGCAAACUUUCCAGGACAUAGACAUGUCUUAUAUGGGCAGAAAGCUUAACUUCUUGUCAAUCUAACUGCACUGUCCAAUUUACAGUAGCUAUUACAGCGAAAAAAUACCAUGCUAUUGUUUGAGGAGAGUGCACAACAACAAAAAACGUAUCACGGCAACUGGUUUGAUACAUUCACCUCUGAAGGUAAAUAAUGUACUUAUAUUCAGUAAUCUUUCUCUGAUUUGUCAUCCUAAGGGUCCCAGAGAUAAAAAUGGAGCAUAGUUUUGUAUGAUAAAAUCCAUUUUUAUUUUCUAAUGUAGGAACUGGGUUCUACAGUUUGAACCCCUGCUGUCUCUGGCUCCAUACCCACCCCAUCCGGCCACCUAGAUGUGUGAAAGUUAGUGUAUAAGCUAAUGAACUAUCAUGUAUGACAUUCCUGGGAGUGUGUAAACUUACAUUUUGUAUUACCAUAUCAUUUGUAUAUGUUCUCUAUAGUUAUGUAACUUGAAAAUGUAUCAAUUGACCAAUUUGGCACAUUUGGGCAGACUUUAUUCAAAAUAGUCUAGUAUUGCAACGCUUCACUGGAUCAAUCUGAAACUUUGCACAUCCACUGCUGCCAUCUAGUGGCCAAAAUCUAAAGUGCGCCUAAACUGCAAUUUUAAAUUGUGGCCUUUCUCUUACAUUUCAAAGAUGAUGGAACAAAACAAAUAUAUAGAAAACACUUGUUUUUUUGUUUGUAUUAUCUUUUACCAGAUCUAAUGUGUUAUUUUCUCCUACAUUCAUUUCACAUUUCCACAAACUUCAAAGCAUUUUCCUUUCAAAUGGUAUCAAGAAUAUGCAUAUCCUUGCUUCAGGUCCUGAGCUACAGUCAGUUAGAUUUGGGUAUGCAAAAAAUUGGGAAAGAUAGGGUCCGAUCCUUAAGAGGUUAAUCCCCUCCAAAUAGAGCCGGUAGUGCAGCCAUAGAUGGAGAUAUCUCAGUAGUAAAGCAGUAAAACUUCAGAUCUCUAAGGAUUUAAAAGCUAAUUCGACCCACAUCUGAAGGGCUAAAAGGAAGUAUUUUCCUACAAUCGACAGAAUUGUAUUUUUCUCUCAUUUCUAAGCUGUUUCCUACAAAAUUUAGUUAAUUCUUUGCUCUUUCUUUAUUCACUCAGAGGGUGUCCUCAAUCAUAGAACACACGCGUAUUAAGUCACAAAAGAUAUCUCAGUAAACUUGGACGAUGCAUGUGACAUUCACAAUAAGGCUCCUGUCAUCUCUAUCUCUCUCUCACACACACCUCUCCUCAGAUGCCCUGAGACAAGAAAAGAAACAGAUCUAUAAAGCUGGCUAGAGUAAUUGAAUCCAGCAGACAGAUGAUAGGAGGGUGCCUUUUGGGUUAUUGUGACCCUGGAUAGGAGAGGAGGAUGAGAAAGAGGAGGAGAAGAGGCGGAGGAAUCCUUUUGUUAUUCUGUGUGGAAUUUUGCAUGUCCCCUGUCUGUGCUGUGUGUGUGCGCGCGUGCAUGUGUGUUUGCCUGCACAGGGUGACCUUACAUUCCCCUGUUGGACACUUCUCUCCUGUAGCAAUCAGUGUGCAGAACAAGACCCAGAGAAAUACAGGGGUGGAACGCAGACCAAAAGGUCACACAGAGAAACCUCACACACACAAUCGCUUCCUUUCACACGCACACAGUUUCAAACUGUCACACAAUGUCACAUAGCACACCGCGCCACAGGGGACAUUGAGCGGCGCACGGUCUCUGGCGUUUACAAGUAGACGGAGCUCAUUGAGAUUCCGGUCAAUCAGGCGGCCCGAUGGGGCUGAGGAAGAAUUAUAGCGUGUCAUCACAGCCGUGUCCACAGAAAUGAAUGCCAUGUAGACUGUAUAUAGAGCAGCAGUAAAGCGAAGGCUAAAUGAUACACAUCCCAAAUGGCACCCUAUUCCCUAUAUAGUGCACUACUUUUGACCAUAGGGCUCUGGUCAAAAGUGGUGCACUAUAUAGGGAAUAGAGUACAGUUUGGGAUGAUCCGCAUACCAAACUGGUUUUUAAAUAAAUAGUCCAUAAAUGGCCCGCAAUUCAUCAUGUUUGUGGAAUAAACGUUUCUUUAUACAGCAAACCAUAAACACUAAGCAAAGUUUUUCUGAUUACAGUUUACAAUGUAUGCUAAUCAGGGAUGUAAUGGUAAACACAAAGGUUGGUAAAUGCUCAACAACGCUUAUCCAAACUACGCUAACUUGGCGUAAUAGGUGCGUAAAAAACUAUUUUCUAAAUAAAAAUGUGUGUAAACGUUAUUUACAUGCAUUUACCCUCCCUUACUUCCCUGAUCCUAUUCAUGUGAGUAGCCUAGUAUAUAUCAAUGUCAAACAUCAGUAACUACUAGGAAUUUAUUCUGAAACAAUGAGCAGGACAUUAAACCUGGGCUGUGUUCCAAUGUCCAUACCACUUAGAGUACAUUAAUUAUAGUGUGUUACAAUGUACGCCGGGAGUCAGGAAGCAAGUAGUGAGUGCAUUUAAUGAUAAAUAAAACAUGGAAAAAAACAAGAGUAGCGCACAGCCAGGAACAGAGUAACAGAAUCAAUAACGCCUAGGGAAGGAACCAAAGAGGGUGACAAAUAUAGGGGAAGUAAUCAGGAAGGUGAUGGAGUCCAGGUGAGUCUGAUGAGGAGCUGGAGCACGUAACGAUGGUGACAGGUGUGCGUAAUAUAGAGCAGCCUGGUGACCUAGAGGCCAGAGAGGGAGUAUACGUGACAUAGUGAUAGUAUGGAGAUUGGAACAAAGCCCUGAUAUUUUUUUCAAAGCCCCAGCCCAUGGGUGUCUCUAUAGCUCUCUGUAUAUUUGAUGUUGUGUAGGUGACGAUUGCCACCCUAUUCACAUAUGCCAAGUUAAAGCACAGGUUCCUGAAGAAUACUAACCUGAAGAAUACAAAUACAAAACAAUACAAAAAAUUAUACAAAUAUGAGCUGGGUGCUCUCCUCUUCCCUCCACUCUUCCACUUAUCUAGAACAAACUCAAUCAGGGCCUAGAUUCACAAAACCUUCUUAAGAAGACAUUUCUUCUUAACUGCCAUUUUUUCCUUAACAAUAGAUUUAAGAAGAAAGUUAAGCAAAGUUGCUAUUCCUCAAAAAGGUUACUGGAAAUGUUAUUGCGCUAUUACUUAUGUUUCUCCUUAAGCAAAAAGUUCAGAAGAAAUUAGAAUGUUGAAAAUAAAGUUAUUGGAAAUGUUCUUAAUUCCAAGAUAGCUUAACCCUUGUCUUAAACUCAGGGCAGUGAGAGAAAAAGCUCAUGAAAGCAAUUAAACAUGUUUAAUUCACUCACAAACUUCAUCUGAAAGUUUCAGUAUUGAUUAUUUUAAACCCAAGAACAUGUUUUAGAACAGUAAUCUUAGUAAGAAAUAUGCUAACAUGAUUGCCAUUGCUAGCUAGAUAGCUAGCUAAAGCGGUUGCCUACCAACAACCAUCUUAAGAAGUGUUUUGUGAAUCUGGGCCCAGGUUCUGAUGCUUAAUACUAACCCAAUCGCUUACUGCUAAUGUGACUCCACUCUCAUUUACAUAAUAAAUUAGGAAUAUCCCUGGUCGCCCUUAGAGGGCAGAGAAGCAGGGAGGGAGGGAGGGAGUGAUGGGGAGGAAAAAAUGAGAAAGUGAGUCAGGCAAUGGAGUGGGAGGAGGAUUAGACGUGUGCAAGGAAGACUAUGGAUGGAAGAAGACAGGUUGGCUGAAUUGUGGAGGGGUGAUGGGGCUUCAAACCACCAGGGGGGAAUCAGAAACGAUCUUCCAGUUGAUAAAUCUCAAUUAGUUCCAAAGAUGAACAGGGAUGGGGACGUUAUCUCCAGUGACAGGGUUAUCCCACUCCAUCGAUUGGGCCUCUCACAACAAACUGAAGGCAUUUGAAUACGUCAAUAUGUUGGGUGAAAGGGUAAAUGAUUUGUGUUUGGUCUCGAGAGGAGCAAGGGACCCAAAGGGCAUAGUAGAGGAUCAUAGGAGCUUCUAUUGUUUUUGCCACCUUACAAUAACACGAUUUGCACAUCAUGUUUUUGUCUGUUUAGGGAAGCUCGAAUGUUGUUUGUUUUUUAAUGUAAAGGUAUUGUAUGUGUUCUAUUGGACAGAGGAGAGAUUGUCGAGGAGAUGGGGUGUGUGUCAAAAGAAGUCGGCCGGAUUUGUACCCAUGCUGACACCGGCAGAUGUGUGCUGUAGGCACUAACAACUAGACCAUCCCAGCCAUGAAUGUUAUUCUGUUUGACUGAUCUUAGUGUCUGUGUGCUCUCUCCACCACAGGUUUAGCCCGUACGAGUGGUACAACCCCCAUCCGUGCAACCCGGACUCGGACGUGAUGGAAAACAAUUUUACACUGCUCAAUAGUUUCUGGUUCGGCGUCGGGGCACUCAUGCAGCAAGGUAGUUGCCUCAGCCUGCUGGUGCUGUGGCUAUCUCCGCAUCCCACUCUCUCUGGGGUCCAAGGUUUUAGGCCAGGCUCCGGGCGACACAGGGGCCUCUGGGUGUGUGCUGCUAGGUGGAAAGAAAAAUAGUUAUGAAGCAACUACACAGGGCUUAUAAAGGGUUUAUGAAGGCAUAAUUUAGCGUUAAAAGUUGUAGUUGGUUUAAAGUGGGAACAAGAAUAAUGUUGCUACAUCGUUUUCUGAUCGAAAUUAAAGAACAGAGACGCAAGCUGGAGAGGAAAAUAUACUGAACAAAAAAAUUAACACAACAUGUAAAGUGUUGGUCCUAUGUUUCAUGAGCUGAAAUAAAAUAUCCCAGAAAUGUUCCAUAUGCACAAAAAUCUUAUUUCUCUCAAAUGUUGUGCACAAAUUUGUUUAUAUCCCUGUUAGUGAGCAUUUCUCCUUUGCCAAGAUCAUCCAUCCACCUGACAGUUGUGGCAUAUCAAGAAGCUGAUUAAACAGCAUGAUCAUUACAAUAAAAGGCCACUCUAAAAUGUGCAGUUUUGUUACACAGCAAAAUGCGACAGAUGUCUCAAGUUUUGAGGGAGCAUGCAAUUGGCAUACUGACUGCAGGAAUGUCCACCAGAGAUGUUGCCAGAUUUAAUUUUCCUUUCUCUACUAUAAGCCGCCUCCAACAUCGUUGUAGAACAUUUGGCAGUACGUCCAACCGGCCUCACAACCGCAGACCACGUGUAACCAUGCCAGCCCAGGACCUCCACAUCCGGCUUCUUCACCUGCGGGAUCUUCUGAGACCAGCCACCCGGACAGCUGAUGAAACUGUGGGUGUGCAAAACCAUAGAAUUUCUGCACAAGCUGUCAGAAACCGUCUCAGAGAAGCUCAUCUGUGUGCUCGUCGUGCUCACCAGUGGGCAAAUGCUCACCUUUGAUGGCCACUGGCACGCUGGAGAUGUGUGCUCUUCACGGAUGAAUUCCGGUUUCAACUGUACCGGGCAGAUGACAGACGUUGGCGUAUGGCGUUGUGUGGGCGAGCGGUUUGCUGAUGUCAACGUUGUGAACAGAGUGCCCCAUGGUAGCGGUGGGGUUAUGGUAUGUGCAGGCAUAAACUACAGACAACGAACACAAUUGCAUUUUAUCAAUUGCAAUUUGAAUGCACAGAGAUACCGUGAUGAGAUCCUGAGGCCCAUUGUCGUGCCAUUCAUCCACCGCCAUCACCUCAUGUUUCAGCAUGAAAAUGCAUGGCCCCAUGUCGCAAGGAUCUGUACAAAAUUCCUGAAAACUGAAAAUGUCCCAGUUCUUUCAGGGCCUACAUACUCACCAGACAUUUCACCCAUUGAGCAUGUUUGGGUUGCUCUGGAUCGACAUGUACAACAGCAUGUUCCAGUUCCCGCCAAUAUCCAGCAACUUCGCACAGCCAUUGAAGAGGAGUGGGACAACAUUCCACAGGCCACAAUCAACAGCCUGAUCAACUCUAUGUGAAGGAGAUGUGUCACACUGCAUGAGGCAAAUGGUGGUCACACCAGAUACUGACUGGUUUUCUGAUCCACACCCCUACUUUUUUUUUAAAGGUAUCUGUGACCAACAGAUUAAUAUCUGUAUUCCUAGUCAUUUAAAAUCCAUAGAUUAGGGCCUAAUGAAUGUAUUUAAAUUGACUGAUUUCCUUAUAUUAACUGUAACUCAGUUAAAUCUUUGAACUCUUUGCAUGUUGCGUUUAAAUAUUUGUUCAGUGUAUAUUAUUUCAAAUUAUUAUUAUUUUGUAUAUUUUGUGCUACGUGGCCAGAAGUUAGCAUUACAGUGAAGGUGUUUCCUUUAGUUUUAUUGCAACUGAAUGAACAUAAAAGUUAUAGUCCUCAUCGGAGUAGUACAUUUGAGUAGCUACUUUAACAGCCAUUUACAUUUAGAUUGGUUCCUCUAUUCUUGAAAGAUAAUUGCAGAGAAAUUAAGUUACUAUAUAUAGAUUAAAUGGGGUCGCCUUGCAACCCUCCCCCAGUAUAUAUAUAUAUAUAUUUUUAAUGGUAAUGGUCUCAGUGUAACAGAUACCCUUUUCACACGACUGAGCAGAGUCUGUGCUGGCCUGGUUACGCAUCCACCAUAGUUGGAACAAUGCUGAAAAGGACAACGUGAAAGGAAAAUAUCAAAGCAUGUUUGAGUGAGCAUGAUAGUGUGAAAAGGAGAAUAAAGAACCAGUGAACUAGCCUAUAGCUAUGACUUAUCUCUUACCAACUAGCCAUGCUGCACUUAUUGAACAAGAACAGGUUGGUGUCAGGUGCCACUACCCAGAGUCCUCUCCCAUUACCCGCAACAAAUCAGCGUCCAGAGAGUAGUGGGACGUGGGGUCAGGAUGUGAGGUUACCUUGGGUACAUGACAGUCAGACCCAACCAGGUUUUCAGUUUCCACUAAAGUCUUCAUUGUGAAAUGUAAACAUGUAACUUUAAAGAAGUGACUGAUUUGUGUUGACGGGCGGUAAGUUAAAUGAGUAAACCUUUAGGACCAGUUUCCUGGACCCAGAUGAAGCCUACUUAAGGACUAAAAUGAUCUGUCAAUGGAUAUUCUCCAUUCGACAUGCUUUUUAGUUGAGGAGUAGGCUUAAUCUAGGUCCGUGAAAUCAAUCCCCUACUGUCCAACUCCCAAUACAUAAUGGAGCGGCUUAAGUACAACACCUAGCAACCUUUCUUACUAUUGGACGGACAGUCCCAGGGGCCUGGAUUCCAGACCCAAUCAGGCUACCACCGGAUGAUCCACAGAGCACAAUAUAACCCCCUCACUAAGUCCUUUGUGGAUGUUGCCUAUGUAGACACCUUCUCCAUACACCCUUGCUGCAACUUAUGGAAGUCUUUAAAUGUGUCUCCACUCCCUACACCCCUAUCAUCCCCUCCUUACCCAGGCUCAGAGCUCAUGCCUAAGGCCCUGUCCACCCGGAUCGUGGGGGGCAUCUGGUGGUUCUUCACCCUCAUUAUCAUCUCCUCCUACACGGCCAACCUGGCUGCCUUCCUCACCGUGGAGCGCAUGGAGUCACCCAUCGACUCGGCCGAUGACCUGGCCAAACAGACCAAGAUCCUGUACGGAGUGGUGGAGGACGGAUCUACCAUGACCUUUUUCAAGGUAGCUAGCUGGGCUAACCAUUGGGCUAACUGUGACAAGUGGUCUUCUGCGGUGUUGUGGUUGUGGGUAUCCCUCAAAUAACUAUCUGCUGUAGGGAAAGCCAGCAAGAAAAUAUAAUAAACCCCUCAGUUCAAGGUACUAAAAAAGUAUUGGCCAUGUGCUCUUAUAAUCUCUACCGGACACAGCCGAAAGAGGACUGGUCACCCCUCUGAGCCUGGUUCCUCUCUAGGUUUCUUCCUAGGUUCCUGCCUUUCUAGGGAGUAUUUCCUAGCCACCGUGCUUCUACAUCUGCAUUGCUUGCUCUUUUGGGUUUUAGGCUGGGUUUCUGUAUAAGCACUUUGUGACAUCUGCUGAUGUAAAUAGGGCUUUAUAAACCAAUUUUAUUGAUUGAUUGAUACUGGAAAAGGCCAGUGGUAUAUGAACCCAAUCAAUUAUUAUUAGAAGAAGUGGAUUUCUUUAACCUCUCUUUCUUUUCUUCCUCUGGUGGUUUGACAGAAGACGAAGAUCUCUACCUACGACAAGAUGUGGGAGUUCAUGAACAGCCGGAGAACGUCUGUGAUUGUGAAAAACAUAGACGCGGGCAUCCAGCGCGUGCUCACCUCCGACUACGCUUUCCUCAUGGAGUCCACCACCAUUGAGUUUGUCACCCAGCGCAACUGCAACCUUACCCAGAUAGGGGGCCUCAUCGACUCCAAGGCCUACGGAGUAGGAACACCCAUGGGUAACGCAUAUUGUCCUUAUCGUCUAUAAUAAUCUGUAUCAUCUAUAUCGCAGAUAUCGCUUAUAUAUCGCCUAUAUCGUCCACACCGUUCAUAUCUCCUAUAUUGCCCAUGUUACACAUAUCACCCACAUCGCCCAUCACUCAUGUCGCUUUCUACCUGUCAAUGACAAUGUAUAUCAGAACAAGCAGAUAAAAGUUGGAGUUUGGAGGGUUGAUACAGAUAGGGCUAAUGUACUGUAUGCAAACUUGAAAGGGUAGAAUAAUUAAGUGUUAUGAAUGAGGUCGGGCGGUAAGGGUUAAAGUGAAGGGGAAAUGGACAAUAAGCAAUAUUCAUAGGAAUUCUACACAGAAUCUCGGAUUUCCCCACACAUUAAGCCAAUUGUACAGCUUGACAUUUGAAAAUACCAUGCCUGACAUAGAUAGCUACAGGAUCACAAAUCAACUGUUUUGUCUCUGGCAUUUCAGUUGGUAUGUGUAAACACUGUUCCACUUGACACAUACAGUGCAUUAUAAUACACCAGACAUGCCCAGCUUUUUGUGUUGGGGCAACAAUUUUGCCUGGCACAUAAAGAUUAUGUACCACAGAGAAGGUUCUGGGUCCGUAUUCCUGGAGCAUAUCAGAGUAUGAUUACUGAUCUAAGAUCAGUUUUAGUUUUUGGAUAAUAAUGAACAAGAUCACAUGGAAAGGGGGUACCUGAUUCUAGAUCAGCACUUCUACUCUGUCGCUUUAUACGUACGGCCCAUAAUGUAUAUGCUAGGUCACAUCUCAUGGACUCCACGGGAAACAGGCAGGAAAGCUGUUGCUAGUGUUUUCUAAUCCCAGUGUCACCGGGGUUAUUGCGGUCAUGAUGAGGCCGCAGAGACCACUGCAACCCCUGGGGUUCGAUCCCAGGCUGUAUCACAGCCAGCCGUGACUGGGAGCCGCAUAGGGCGGCGCACAAUUGGCCCAGCGCCGUCCGGGUUAGGGGAGGGUUUGGCCAGAGGGCUUUCCUUGACUCAUCGCGCUCUAGCGACUGCUUGUGGCGGGCCGGGCGCCUGCAAGCUGUCGUCAGUCGAACAAUGUUUCCUCCGACACAUUGGUGCGGCUGGCUUCCAGGUUAAGCGAGCAGUGUGUUAAGAAGCAGCGUGGCUUGGGGGGUCAUGUUUCAGAGGACACAUAUCUCGACCUUUGCCUCCCCCGAGCCCGUUGGGAAGUUGCAGCGAUGAGACAAGAUCGUACCUACCAAUUGGGGAGAAAAUUUGGUAAGAUUACAAAAUAAUAUUUUUAAAAAAUCAUUCCAUCAGACACAUUGCUAAAUUGUCUCCUAUUGCAUGCCUGCUGUGACAUGUUUUUUCUUCUAUAUAUCUAUUAAUACAAAAAAACUGUGUUUUUAGUGAAAUAUUAGCUUUUUUCUGAAGCCGAAAAAGACAGGAAAUUCAAAAGCUAAUUUGACCCAACAAGGCUUUUCAGCAUAAGUAGCUUGACUACUGCUAGAGUACUGUAGCUGUAUUGAUCUACUGUACUUCAACAACAGAUGUACUCACAUUGGAUGGGUUGAUUAGGAUUCAACCUUCUCUCACACAGCUUAAUACAUAUCUUAGAGUAGGUUUACCCCAUUAAUGUACCAGGUAAUGUAAACAUAUUUUUUCACUUAAGACAUAAUCCAAUUCCACUCAUUUAAACAUUAUGGAGAGGUUUUCCCGGACACAGAUUAAGCCUAGUCCUGGACAAAAAAUCAAGAUCAAUGGAAAAUCUCCAGCCAAAAUGAUUUAGGGUCCAUGACUAGGUCAUCUGUGUCUGAAAACUGCUCUUAUCCCUACAUUUGACCAAGCAUAAUACAUAAGCCUACUGAGACAAGGUAGUUGACAGCAUUUGUACAUACAGUACUUUGAAGCUAUACAUGGUUUAUGGUCCUGUUAUAAACAAUGGAGUAAUGCAACCUUAUAUUUUGGGUUAUGAUAGGGUAAGACAGUUGCGCUAUGCACUUGAGACAUUUAUAAGUUAUAGUAUUUAAAGGGUACAUUUGUAAUUGCUUAAUAUAUUGCUUUUUACUACAGUUAUUUACACACACACAUUGAUUCUUGAAGAACAUCAUUUAUAUAAUAAAUGCCUCAUGAGCUUAGUCCAAUUGUCAUAUCCCAUCAGAACCCAAAAUAUAUGCUUGUUCUACUCAAUUGUUCGUAAACAAUGUAAUUAGAAACAACAACUGUUUAGCCUCUGAAUAUGGUUAACAUUUUCAUUUUGUAUCCAUAGAGCUAUUGAUGAAUUUGAGUGGUUAAAUUAUUAUUAUUAUUAUUAUUAUUAUUAUUAUUAUUAUUAUUAUUAUUAUUAUUAUUAUUAUUAUUUCUUCACCACCAAUUCUUUAGCUUUUUACCAAAACAGUGGUGGGGUGUUGGCUUUGUUGUUGUUUUAACUGCAGAUUGACCCUUUAAGAACCAAUGGGUAUAUAUCAAGAUUAGGAACAUUGAACAGAUUCCCAGAUGGCAGAUGAAAAAACAUGUUACAUUACCUGGUACAUUAAUGGGGUAAACCUACUCUAAGAUAUGUAUUAAGCUGUUUGAGAGAAGGUUGAAUCCUAAUCAACCCAUCCAAUGUGAGUACAUCUGUUGUUGAAGUACAGUAGAUCAAUACAGCUACAGUACUCUAGCAGUAGUCAAGCUACUUAUGCUGAAAGCCUUGUUAGUGCAUAGGUAAAAUUAGCUUUUGAUUUUUUUUCGACUUCAAACAAAAGCUAAUAUUUCACUUAAAACAUUGUUUUUUGCAUUCAUCUCCAGGGUUUUUUCCCGGAAGGUCUUAUAAUAGCGCAAGUUCUGCCACCAAACAUUAUUACAAUGCAUUAUAACUAUUUGAAAUUGCAUUACAUUUACAUUUUAGUCAUUUAGCAGACGCUCUUAUCCAGAGCGACUUAUAGUUCAGGUAGUGCAUACAUUUUCAGACUUUUUUCAUGCUGGUCCCCCGUGGAAAACGAACCCACAACAUUGGCGUUGCAAGCGCCAUGCUCUACCAACUGAGCUACACAGGGCCCAGUACAAUUGCAGUGGUGUAAAAUACUUAAGUAACAAUACUUUAAAGUACUAGUAGUUUUUUUGAGUAUCUGUACUUGACUUUACUAUUUAUAUUUUUGACAACUUGGAAAAUGGUCCAAUUCACGCAAUUCUCUGGUCAUCCCUACUGCAUCUCAUCUGGCGGACUCACUAAACACACAUGCUUCAUUUGUAAAUUAUGUCUGAGUGUUGGAGUGUGCCCCUGGCAAUACAUAAAUAAAAAAACAAGAAUAGUGCCAUUUGGUUUGCUUUAUAUAAGGAAUUUGAAAUUAUUUAUACUUUUACUUUUACUUUUGACACUUAAGUAUAUUUUAGCAAUUACAUUUAUUUGGAUAUUUAAGUAUUUCAAAACAAAUACUUUUAGACUUGUAUUCAAGUAGUAUUUUACUGGGUGAUUUUCACUUUUACUUGAGUCAUUUUCUUUUAAGGUAUCUUUACUUUUACUCAAGUAUGACAAUUGGGUACUUUUUCCACCGCUGUGAAAUUGCAUAAAACAACAUGGCUGUCAAUGGCAGCCUAAAAUGGUUGGUUUUCUAAAUACUACAGCUCUUUAACAGUUUAAGCUACAGGCACUAGACCAACUGUAAAAAGGUAUUACAAUUACAUAGCUAGUUAAUGCAUACAUUUACAUAAAAGGAAUACAUUUCCCACAGUACCAUGAAUGAUUUUCUCAAUAUCCCAAUAUCGAACAAAGGCAUUUACCUUUUUAUUUGGAUCACCAUUAGCUUUUGCAGAAGCAGCAGCUACUCUUCCUGGGGUCCACAAAGAACACAAAUCAUGACAAGUAACAAAACACUGAUACACUGAUAGACAAGGACAGUCACACACAUUUUAAAUACAACUAUAUAAACACCACCUCUUCCUUCCUAAUCUGACCUUUGAAUCUUGGUCCACCGACCUUUCUUUGGAGGGCGUAUAAAUGCCAGCCCUUGUGCUUGCUCUCCCAACUCUUCUGCCACACAUCUAUCAUAAUGGCUCUAAUCUUACUUUUGGCCUCACCUACCUCUCCCGGUUAUACUGUCUGAACUAACUUGACCGUACAUCAGGGUUCCUCAACUGGCGGCCCGCAGGUGGUGUAUUUUUUUGAUGUAUUGUUUGUAAAUAGUUGUAUUUUACAUUUGUGUGACUGUCCUUGUCUAUCAGUGUAUCAGUGUUUUGUUACUUGUCAUGAUUUGUGUUCUUUGUGGACCCCAGGAAGAGUAGCUGCUGCUUCUGCAAAAGCUAAUGGUGAUCCAAGAAGUUCGGUUGCGCCUAUGACAUCUGGUUGGCAAGCAUGUGAAUGGUUUGUGUACUGAGCAUGUGUUGAUGUAUUGUUGCAAGUACCGGAUUGUGUAAGAGAGGGAAAUAUUGAUGUGUAGGGUUAUUGAGGUUGGAUGGGGUGGGUGGGGUUUGGAAGGGAUUUGGGGGACGGUUUGUUAGAAGUUAGUUGGGCUCUUUUUUAGUAAUACAGGGUUAGGUAGGAGGGUUUAGUUUUUCUUAAUGUUUGUUUCUUUAUUCAUGUAGUCUGUAAGCUGUGAUUGACUACAUACUUCAGUACAAUAGGUGGAGGCAUUCACCUCUAACGUUUGUUUGUGGCCACCAUAAUACCAUAGAAGAUGAAAAAGACCGGGAGAGAUUUUGCCCUAGAAAUAAGAAUAAUAUGAACAGGCUUCUUAUUUUGCAAAGCUCGCGCACGCAACAGGGGCGGUCUGUUCAGCAUGUAACCCAAAUGAUUGACGGUUUUGCUGUUGUAUGAUGAAGUUUUUCUAUUGACUCAUGGAACAUUUUGGGAUGUGAGAUAUGCGUUGAGACCUUAUGUACAAAAGCCGCUUCAGUAUUAUAAUUUUUAAACAUUUGGACACGUGGCAAGUGUUUGCAGAAUAAACAAAUAUGUUGUUGAAGAGUCUGAGGAAGCACGGUGCUGUUAUUGCAAUGGGAAUCAUGCUCCCGAGUUCCCGGAGUGCCAUGUUAGGGUAAAAGAGGUUGCAGUAACUAGGUUCAGGGGUAUCCAGCAGGUCUUCUAUGUUGAGGCAGUGCAAAUAGCGGAAGGAUCAAGUGGAGAUAAGAUGAGAGUGAUGCCCCACAGCCUGCAGUGAAUGUUGUUCAUCAGAGGGAUCCAGAGAUGCUAACUGUUGUGUUUAUUGCGCAAAUGAUAAAUUGCACGGGACAAACUAAUAAGAAAUCUUUUUGAAGGUGGCAAAAAUAAUUCACGGCCAACAUGUUACAGGAAAUACUGAAUGAAGAGGUUCCCACUCUCAGGCUCCUGAUACUGUAUGGAUCUGAGAAGACAUUUGAAUCCGAUUGAAGGAGUAAAGUUUUUGUUUUUGUUCACCCAUUAAAGUUGAUCAGUUUUCACCCAUCCCAUGCACCUCUAAAGUUGGUUGCAGACCGACAUAAUACCAUAGAAGAAGAUUAGGACAUCUUCUUCAGAGAUUGGAUUAUUGUACCAGUGUUGAAUAUCCAAACUAAAAUAGCUAACUAGCUAUUUUGUUAAGGUAAGAAAUAUUUAAGGUAAAAAGUUGUUGCUUUGUUUGUCACUGGGCAGUGACAUUGUAUUGCCGAUUUUAGCAGACACGUUAUUUAGCUAUCUAGCUAACUAUCUAACUAGCUAGCUAACAUUAGGUCACAGACAACUAACUAACUAGGUAGUUAGACAAGUUAUCUAGCUAGCUGGGCCCGGUUUCCCAAAAGCAUCUUAGGGCUAAAUUCAUUGUUAGAACCUUUGUAGCAUCAUCAUUAGAUCACUGAGCUUUUUCCCAUAACCAUCGUUACUAAAGUUUCUCAUGAAAAUGCAAAUUAUUUAGCGACUGUCUCAGACCACUCGUAGAACAGCUAAGUACGUCAUUAGCUAGGUUUUUUGCCCAUCCGUGUCACUUUAUAAAAACACAGAUAGACGGAUAGACAGAAGAUCUCCACUAAAAACAAAAUCAAGUUGUUUAUCUGUUUUUCUGUGACCGCCGUCAACUUCAGAACGAAUGUGACAGUAGCUAUGUUUCCAUUAACUUGUCCAGUAAUUUUUUUGUAGACAUUUAGAACGUUUGCAUAGAAAAUAGAUGUGACAAUUGCCUACUAGUGUGCAUUUUCAUUUAACUAUGUUGUGUCGAUAAAAACAGCUGGACGUAAUGAUGUCACACCUACAAAAAUGACAGCGUAGAAUAAAAAUGUAGUGGUUGAAGUUUCAAAUAUAUAUUUAUGAAAAUUCCUCAUUAAGAAAUUGGCAACAGCCUACAGUGGCUUGUGAAAGUAUUCAUCCCCCUUGGCAUUUUUCUAUUUUGUUGCCUUACAACCUGGAAUUAAUAUGUAUUUUUGGGGGGUUUGUAUUAUUUGAUUUACACAACAUGCCUACCACUUUGAAGAUGCAAAAUAUUGUUUAUUGUGAAACAAACAAGAAAUAAGACAAAAGAAACAUAAAACUUGAGCGUGCAUAACUAUUCACCCCCCCCCCCCCCAAAGUCAAUACUUUGUAGAGCCACCUUUUGCAGCAAUUACAGCUGCAAGCCUGGGGUAUGUCUCUAUAAGCUUGCCACAGCUAGCCACCGGGAUUUUUGCCCAUUCUUCAAGGCAAAACUGCUUCAGCUCCUUCAAGUUAGAUGGGUUCCGCUGGUGUACAGCAAUCUUUAAGUCAUACCAUAGAUUCUCAAUUGGAUUGAGGUCUGGGCUUUGACUAGGCCAUUCCAAGACAUUUAAAUGUUUCCCCUUAAACCAUUCGAGUGUUGCUUUAGCAGUGUGCUAUGCAGUACGCUGGAAGACUGAAACAGGUUUCCCUCAAUAAUUUGCCUGUAUUUAGCGCCAUCCAUCAUUCCUUCAAUUCUGACCAGUUUCCCAGUCCCUGCCGAUGAAAUGCUUCACUGUGGGGAUGGUGUUCUUGGGGUGAUGAGAGGUGUUGGGUUUGCGCCAGACAUAGCGUUUUCCUUGAUGGGCAAAAAGCUACAUUUUUGUCUCAUUUGACCACAGUACCUUCUUCAAUAUGUUUGGGGAGUCUCCCACAUGCCUUUUGGCGAACAGCAAAUGUGUUUGCUUAUUUUUUUCUUCAUGUAAUGGCUUUUUUCUGGCCACUCUUCCGUAAAGCCCAGCUCUGAGUAGUGUACGGCUUAAAGUGGUCCUAUGGACAGAUACUCCAAUUACCGCUGUGGAGCUUUGCAGCUCCUUCAGGGUUAUCUUUGGUCUCUUUGUUGCCUCUCUGAUUAAUGCCCUCCUUGCCUGGUCCAUUCGUUUUGGUGGGCGGCCCUCUCUUGGCAGGUUUGUUGUGGUGCCAUAUUAUUUCAAUUUUUUUAUAAUGGCUUUAAUUAUGCUCCGUGGGAUGUUCAAAGUUUCUAGAUUUUUUUAAAUAAUACAACCUUGAUCUGUACUUCUCCACAAAUAUGUCCCUGACCUGUUUGGAGAGCUUCUUGGUCUUCAUGGUGCCACUUGAUUGGUGGUGCCCCUUGCUUAGUGGUGUUGCAGACUCUGGGUCCUUUCAGAACAGGUGUAUACAGUCGUGGUCAAAAGUUUUUAAAAUGACACAAAUAUUAAUUUUCACAAAGUCUGCUGCCUCAGUUUUUAUGAUGGCAAUUUGCAUAUACUCCAUAAUGUUAUGAAGAGUGAUCAGAUGAAUUGCAAUUAAUUGCAAAGUCCCUCCACUGCAUUUCAGCCCUGCCACAAAAGGACCAGCUGACAUCAUGUCAGUGAUUCUCUCGUUACCACAGGUGAGAGUGUUGAUGAGGACAAGGCUGGAGAUCACUCUGUCAUACUGAUUGAGUUAGAAUAACAGACUGGAAGCUUUAAAAGGAGGGUGGUGUUUGAAAUCUGUGUUCUUCCUCUGUUAACCAUGGUUACCUGCAAGGAAACACGUGCCGUCAUCAUUGCUUUGCACAAAAAGGCCUUCACAGGCAAGGAUAUUUCUGCUAGUAAGAUUGAACCUAAAUCAACCAUUUAUCGGAUCAUCAAGAACUUCAAGGAGAUAGGUUCAAUUGUUGUGAAGAAGGCUUCAGGGCGCCCAAGAAAGUCCAGCAAAUGCCAGGACCGUCUCCUAAAGUUGAUUCAGCUGCGGGAUUGGGGCACCACCAGUGCAGAGCUUGCUCAGGAAUGGCAGCAGGCAGGUGUGAGUGCAUCUGCACACACAGUGAGGCAAAUACUUUUGGAGGAUGGUCUGGUGUCAAGAAGGGCAGCGAGGAAGCCACUUCUAUCCAGGAAAAACAUCAGGGACAGACUGAUAUUCUGCAAAAGGUACAGGGAUUGGACUGCUGAGGACUGGGGUAAAGUCAUUUUCUCUGAUGAAUUCCCUUUCCGAUUGUUUGGGGCAUCCGGAAAAAAGCUUGUCCGGAGAAGACAAGGUGAGCGCUACCAUCAGUCCUGUGUCAUGCCAACAGUAAAGCAUCCUGAGACCAUUCAUGUGUGGGGUUGCUUCUCAGCCAAGGGAGUGGGCUCACUCAAGGUUGCCUAAGAACACAGCCAUGAAUAAAGAAUGGUACCAACACUUUUUUAUAAGUUAUAUUCUUCAAGAAUCAAUGGGAACAUAUCAUAAAUUUUUUAAGUAAACAAAUGGAUGUAGCAACUGCUGAUUGCCACUUUAAGGUUAGAGGGAGAACGCUGAUCUGAGAGCAGUGCUUCCUUUCUUUUGAUCCUAUCAGAAUGGACACAAGCCUCAACGAAUCACUUAGCGAACAUUCUCUCUGCAUGGUGUUUUGGGAAACGCAUGUUACAUCUUCGGCCGUUGUAGGAAAGAUGCAUUGUGAAAACACUCGUAAGUAUAAAUUCCAUCGCUAUCGGGAAACCGGCCCUGACUAGCUACAGACUGGCGACCUUCGGUAUCUGCUUCGGUAAUGCCACACCAUUAACCGGCUUGCUAGUUAGCUUUACAUUCCUCCUGCUAGUAGCCAAUAAUAGUUUUUCCUGUCAGCGAACACGUCUAGGUCCUAAAAGUUAUAACGUUAGCUAACUAGCCAGUUAUUUCUAGCCAGUUAUCUAGCCAGCUAGCUACCUAUUUAUGAUUAUACAUUGCUUUGACCUAGCUAGUUAACAUUAUCAACCAGAGAGACAUUCAGGUCUUAGCUACGAUUCCUAGCUAGUUGUCUAAUGAUAGCUGUAAACAGCCGAGUUGACUUCCAAUUUUUAAGUCCUUGAUGAGUAGAAUAACUAGCUAAUUAAAGUUGGUAUUUGAAAGCGCUAUUUGUUUCUAGCAGUCUACAUCUGAUAUGACAUUUUUUGUAAUCAUUUUCUAGAUCAAGGAUAUCCACCUUUUAUCUACCAACACAUUUGAAAAUACAGUACAACCCCAAUCAAAGUGAGUACAGAAUAACAUUUUGUUUUUUACAUUCACUCUUUUCUCAAUAUUGUAAUAUUGUAAUAACAUGAUGUUCUACUGGAAACCUGCCUUUAUUUAUGUACGUGUGUGUGUGUGUGUGUGUGUGUGUGUGUGUGUGUGUGUGUGUGUAAUAAUGUGUACAUCUCCCAAUGUGACACCCCCAGGUGCGAGUCCGCUUUGAGAAUGUUCUGGAGGAGGUGACCCACUACACCCCUGGCUACAUGGAGGAGAUGGACUCUAUCUUUGACCAAUCACAAGAGGAGGAGAGGAAGAGAAUCACCAACAAUGAGAGGUAGGCUACACCUGCAGUCAGACUGUUACUAGGAGGGUGUGUGUGGAUGUGGGUAGACAAACUGAGCUGGUGGAAGAACACCCACAGACCAGGCAUGCCCACUUACUCCCUUCAGUUUCAGGUGCAACACACACAGACACACACAGUGGGCUACUGGAAGUUAAUGGGACCUAAUGGAGUGUACUGUAAUAUGAGAUGAUGUAGACUUCACCCCCUUUGUUAUUGUCAGUUAGUCUAAUGUAGUGAACAGUGUUACAAGCUAAUGUAGCAGACUGUAUAACAGUAGUGUAUGGUCCAACAAUGUGACCAUUAUUAGAGACUGCUGGAGGGUAAUAUACUGGACCGGCCUGCCUUGUUGUUCAAUGGAGUCUAAUGAAACCUCUCUUUCAGGAGUGGGCACCAAAAAAGUGAAUAAGAGGUAGAGGCACAGCAAGACACCAUACAGGUAAGCAUGUCUCCAUCUGUCUUUAUGACCUCAUGCUACAGUAGAACUAUCAUUCAGUACUGACCAUCUCAUUAUGAUGAAUCAUCAAAUCCUAAUUACUGAUUGCUUUGUUAAUUAUUUGUAGAUAGUGUUUUUAUUAUUAUUAUUAUUCUUAUUUAUUUAUUUGGGAGGGGUAGAUCAGCUUUAAUAUUGCAGAUAGAUUGUAACUUUCAUCAAUGUAAUUGUUUGCAUCACUUCCAAUCCCCCAAAUGUUUUUGUUUCUCGCAAAUAUAUAUAUAUAUAUAUGUAUAUAUAUAUAUAUAUAUAUAUAUAUAUAUAUAUAUAUAUAUAUAUAUAUAUAUAUAUAUAUAUAUAUAUACAUACAUACAUACAUACAUACAUACACAUACAUAUACACAUACAUACAUAUAAAUACAUAUACAUGCAGUUGAAGUUGGAAGUUUACAUACACUUAGGUUGGAGUCAUUAAAACUCAUUUUUCAAACACUCCACAAAUUUCUUGUUAACAAACUGUAGUUUUGGCAAGUCGGUUAGGACAUCUACUUUGUGCAUGACACAAGUAAUUUUUCCAACAAUUGUUUACAGACAGAUUAUUUCACUUAUAAUUCACUGUAACACAAUUCCAGUGGGUCAGAAGUUUACAUACACUAAGUUGACUGUGCCUUUAAACAGCUUGGAAAAUUCCAGAAAAUGAUGUCAUGGCUUUAGAAGCUUCUGAUAGGCUAAUUGACAUCAUUUGAGUCAAUUGGAGGUGUACCUGUGGAUGUAUUUCAAGGCCUACCUUCAAACUCAGUGCCUCUUUGCUUGACAUCAUGGAAAAAUCAAAAGAAAUCAGCCAAGACCUCAGAAAAAAAAUGGUAGACCUCCACAAGUCUGGUUCAUCCUUGGGAGCAAUUUCCAAACGCCUGAAGGUACCACGUUCAUCUGUACAAACAACAGUACGCAAGUAUAAACUCCUUGGGACCACGCAGCCGUCAUACCGGGUAGCUUGCAAGCCGAAGAACACCAUCCCAACCGUGAAGCACGGGGGUGGCAGCAUCAUGCUGUGGGGGUGCUUUGCUGCAGGAGGGACCGGUGCACUUCACAAAAUAGAUGGCAUCAUGAGGAAGGAAAAUUAUGUGCAUAUAUUGAAGCAACAUCUCAAGACAUCAGUCAGGAAGUUAAAGCUUGGUCGCAAAUGGGUCUUCCAAAUGGACAAUGACCCCAAGCAUACUUCCACAUUUGUGGCAAAAUGGCUUAAGGACAACAAAGUCAAGGUAUUGGAGUGGCCAUCACAAAGCCCUGACCUCAAUCCUAUAUAACAUUUGUGGGCAGAACUGAAAAAGCGUGUGCGAGCAAGGAGGCCUACAAACCUGACUCAGUUACACCAGCUCUGUCAGGAGGAAUGGGCCAAAAUUCACCCGACUUAUUGUGGGAAGCUUGUGGAAGGCUACCCGAAAUGUUUGACCCAAGUUAAACAAUUUAAAGGCAAUGCUACCAAAUAUUAAUUGAGUGUAUGUAAACUUCUGACCCACUGGGAAUGUGAUGAAAUAAAUAAAAGCUGAAAUAAAUAAUUCUCUCUACUAUUAUUCUGACAUUUCACAUUCUUAAAAUAAAGUGGUGAUCCUAACUGACCUAAGAGUUUAAAUGUAUUUGGCUAAGGUGUAUGUAAACUUCCGACUUCAACUGUAUAUACAUACCCUUUAAAAAAAUAUAUUUCCCUUUAUUACUUUCCAACCCCACCACCCCUUCCCUAAUUGGAGUAAACUAGUAAACAACAACGCUUAGGCCUCUACUUCCAUCUUAUAUAUACUAUAUACAUUUUAUGGACACAGUCAAUUUUACAAUAAUUCUAUUUUGUUUGUUUUUACUCCUGAACUUCCUCUACCCUCAACCUCUCCAAUCAUUUUCAUGAUGUCCAUCCAGUUUGCUUCUAUAUGCCAUAUCUUUCUAACUGUGCUCUUUCACAAAAGCUCUCAACCUAUAACCUACAGUGGGGAGAACAAGUAUUUGAUACACUGCCGAUUUUGCAGGUUUUCCUACUUACAAAGCAUGUAGAGGUCUGUAAUUUUUAUCAUAGGUACACUUGUGAGAGACGGAAUCUAAAACAAAAAUCCAGAAAAUCACAUUGUAUGAUUUUUAAGUAAUUAAUUUGCAUUUUAUUGCAUGACAUAAGUAUUUGAUACAUCAGAAAUGCAGAACUUAAUAUUUGGUACAGAAACAUUUGUUUGCAAUUACAGAGAUCAUACGUUUCCUGUAGGUCUUGACCAGGUUUGCACACACUGCAGCAGGGAUUUUGGCCCACUCCUCCAUACAGACCUUCAGGUUUCGGGCUGUCGCUGGGCAAUACGGACUUUCAGCUCCCUCCAAAGAUUUUCUAUUGGGUUCAGGUCUGGAGACUGGCUAGGCCACUCCAGGACCUUGAGAUGCUUCUUACGGAGCCACUCCUUAGUUGCCCUGGCUGUGUGUUUCGGGUCGUGGUCAUGCUGGAAGACCCAGCCACGACCCAUCUUCAAUGCUCUUACUGAGGGAAGGAGGUUGUUGGCCAAGAUCUCGCGAUACAUGGCCCCAUCCAUCCUCCCCUCAAUACGGUGCAGUCGUCCUGUCCCCUUUGCAGAAAAGCAUCCCCAAAGAAAGAUGUUUCCACCUCCAUGGUUCACGGUUGGGAUGGUGUUCUUGGGGUUGUACUCAUCCUUUUUCGUCCUCCAAACACGGCGAGUGGAGUUUAGACCAAAAAGCUAUAUUUUUGUCUCAUCAGACCACAUGACCUUCUCCCAUUCCUCCUCUGGAUCUUCCAGAUGGUCAUUGGCAAACUUCAGACGGGCCUGGACAUGCACUGGCUUGAGCAGGGGGACCUUGCGUGCGCUGCAGGAUUUUAAUCCAUGACGGCGUAGUGUGUUACUAAUUGUUUUCUUUGAGACUGUGGUCCCAGCUCUCUUCAGGUCAUUGACCAGGUCCUGCCGUGUAGUUCUGGGCUGAUCCCUCACCUUCCUCAUGAUCAUUGAUGCCCCACGAGGUGAGAUCUUGCAUGGAGCCCCAGACCGAGGGUGAUUGACCAUCAUCUUGAACUUCUUCCAUUUUCUAAUAAUUGCGCCAACAGUUGUUGCCUUCUCACCAAGCUGCUUGCCUAUUGUCCUGUAGCCCAUCCCAGCCUUGUGCAGGUCUACAAUGUUAUCCCUGAUGUCCUUACAUAGCUCUCUGUUCUUGGCCAUUGUGGAGAGGUUGGAGUCUGUUUGAUUGAGUGUGUGGACAGGUGUCUUUUAUACAGGUAACGUGUUCAAACAGGUGCAGUUAAUACAGGUAAUGAGUGGAGAACAGGAGGGCUUCUUAAAGAAAAACUAACAGGUCUGUGAGAGCCGGAAUUCUUACUGGUUGGUAGGUGAUCAAAUACUUAUGUCAUGCAAUAAAAUGCAAAUUAAUUACUUAAAAAGCAUACAAUGUGAUUUUCUGGAUUUUUGUUUUAUAUUCCGUCUCUCACAGUUGAACUGUACCUAUGAUAAAAAUUACAGACCUUUACAUGCUUUGUAAGUAGGAAAACCUGCAAAAUCGGCAGUGUAUCAAAUACUUGUUCUCCCCACUGUAUAUACUUAUUAUGGACACAGUAUGCUUUACAUUAGUUAUCUUGUUGUUAUUUGUAGAUAGUGUUAGUGUGUAGUUGAUUCACAGUUAUAUCUCCUCUGUCUCUAUGUGUGUGGAUGGAUGCAUUCACAGACACAGCGAUCAGCUUGUUGGGGUUGAACAAUGAGCAAAGUGCUUUAGCGGUGAGACAGAGGAGAUGGCAAUAGAGAGGGCUUUGUCCUGAACCCUAUACACCAAGAUGGCGCCGGAGCAGAUGGCUGUCGUUUUACGGCCCUCUAACCAAUUUUACUAUUAUGUGUGUUUCUCCGCUUUAUUUGUAAUUUAUUCUGUACAUAAUGUUUCUGCCACCAUCUCUUAUGGCCAAAAAGAGCUUCUGGAUAUCAGGACAGCAAUUACUCAUCUCGUAUUGGACGAAGAUUUUUUCUUCAAUGAGUCGGACGUGAAGGACAGUCUACAGACACCGGACAAGGCCCAAAUAUCGAGGACGUAAGUCGGGGUGCCUUGUAAGGAUCCGACGGUGAGCAAGUAAUCUGCCUCUUCCAUCAAGCCUAUUAGCUAAAGUACAAUCAUUUGAAAACAAAAUGGACGACCUAAGAUCAAGGAUAUCCUACCAAACGGGACAUUAAAAACUGUAAUAUCUUAUGUUUCACCGAGUCGUGGCUGAACGACGACAUGGAUAACAUACAGCUGGCGGGAUACACGCUACAUCGGCAGGAUAGAACGUCUGACUCCAGUAAGACAAGGGGUGGCGGUCUGUGUAUAUUUGUAAACAACAGCAAGUGCAUAAAAUCUAAUACUAAGGAAGUCUCGAGGUUUAGCUCGUCUGAGGUAGAGUAUCUCACACUAUUUACCAAGCAAGUUUUCAUCUAUAUUUUUUGUAGCUGUCUAUAUACCACCACAAACCGAUGCUGGCACUAAGAUUGCACUCAAUGAGCUGUAUAAGGCCAUAAGCAAACAGGAAAAUGCUCAUCCAGAGGCAGCGCUCCUAGUGGCCGGGACUUUAAUGCAGGGAAACUUAAAUCAAUUCUACCUAAUUUCUACCAGCAUGUUAAAUGUGCAACCAGAGGAAACUCUAGACCACCUUUGCUCCACACACAGAGACACGUAUGAAGCUCUCCCUCGACCCCACAUCUGACCAUAAUUCUAUCCUCCUGAUUCCUGCUUAUAAGCACAAACUAAAGCAGAAAUCACCAGUGACUCGGUUAAUAAGGAAGUGGUCAAAUGAGGCAGAUGCUAAGCUACAGGACUGUUUUGCUAGCACAGACUGGAAUAUGUUCCGGGAUUCUUCCAAUGGGAUUGAGGAGUAUACCACAUCAGUCACUGGCUUCAUCAAUAAGUGCAUCGAUGACGUCGUCCCCACAGUGACCGUACAUACAUACCCCAACCAGAAGCCAUGGAUUACAGGCAACAUCCGCACUGAGCUAAAGGGUAGAGCUGCCGCUUUCAAGGAGCGGGACUCUAACCCAGACGCUUAUAAGAAAUCCCGCUAUGCCCUCCGACAAACCAUCAAUCAGGCACAAAGAGUCAAUACAGGACUAAGAUUGAAUCGUACUACACCGGCUCUGAUGCUCGUUGGAUGUGGCAGGGCUUGAAAACUAUUACAGACUACAAAGGGAAGCACAGCCGCGAGCUGCCCAGUGACACAAGCCUACCAGACGAGCUAAAUCACUUCUAUGCUCGCUUCGAGGCAAGCAACACUGAAGCAUGCAUGAGAGCAUCAGCUGUUCCGGAUGACAAUGUGAUCACAAUCUCCGUAGCCAAUGUGAGUAAGACUUUUAAGCAGGUCAACAUUCACAAGGUCGCAGGGCCAGACGGAUUACCAGGACGUGUACUCAGAGCAUCCACUGACCAACUGGCAAGUGUCUUCACUGACAUUUUCAACAUUUCCCUGGCUGAGUCUGUAAUACCAACAUGUUUCAAGCAGACCACCAUAGUCCCUGUGCCCAAGAACACUAAGAUAACCUGCCUAAAUGACUACUGACCCGUAGCACUCACGUCUGUAGCCAUGAAGUGCUUUGAAAGGCUGGUCAUGGCUCAAAUCAACACCAUCAUCCCAGAAACCCUAGACCCACUCCAAUUUGUAUACCGCCCCAACAGAUCCACAGAUGAUGCAAUCUCUAUUGCACUCCACACUGCCCUUUCCCACCUGGACAAGAGGAACACCUACGUGAGAAUGCUAUUCAUUGACUACAGCGCAGCGUUCAACACCAUAGUGCCCUCAAAGCUAAGGAUCCUGGGACUAAACACCUCCCUCUGCAACUGGAUCCUGGACUUCCUGACGGGCCACCCCCAGGUGGUAAGGGUAGGUAACAACACAUCUGCCAUGCUGAUCCUCAACACGGGGGCCCCUCAGGGGUGCGUGCUCAGUCCCCUCCUGUACUCCCUGUUCACCCAUGACUGCAUGGCCAGGCACGACUCCAACACCAUCAUUAAGUUUUUCGACGACACAACAGUGGUAGGCCUGAUCACAGACAACGACGAGACAGCCAAUAGGAAGGAGGUCAGAGACCUGGCCGUGUGGUGCAAGGAUAACAACCUCUCCCUCAACGUGACCAAGACUAAGGAGAUGAUUGUGGACUAGAGGGGGAAAAAAAGAGGACUGAGCACGCCCCCAUUCUCAUCGACAGGGCUGUAGUGGAACAGGUUGAGCUUCAAGUUCCUUGGUGUCCACAUCACCAACAAACUAUCACGGUCCAAACACAACAAGACAUUCGUGAAGAGGGGACGACAAAGCCUAUUCCCCCUCAGGAGACUGAAAAUAUUUGGCAUGGGUCCUGAGAUCCUCAAAAAGUUAUACAGCUCCACCAUCGAGAGCAUCCUGACUGGUUGCAUCACCGCCUGGUAUGGCAACUGCUCGGCCUCCGACCGCAAGGCACUACAGAGGGUAGUGCGUAUGGCCCAGUACAUCACUGGGGCCAAGCUUCCUGCCAUCCAGGACCUCUAUACCAGGCGGUGUCAGAGGAAGGCCCUAAAAAUUGUCAAAGACUCCAGCCACCCUAGUCAUAGACUGUUCUCUGCUACUGCACGGCAAGCUGUACCGGAGCGCCAAGUCUAGGUCCAAAAGACCUCUUAACAGCUUCUACCCCCAAGCCAUAAGACUCCUGAACAGCUAAUCAUGGCUACCCAGACUAUUUGCAUUGUCCCCCCCCCCACCCCCUCUUUUAUGCUGCUGCUACUCUGUUUAUUAUCUAUGCAUAGUCACUUUAACUCUACCCACAUGUACAUAUUACCUCAAUUACCUCGACUAACCGGUGCCCCCGCACAUUGACUCUGUACCGGUACCCCUUAUAUAUAGCCUCCCUACUGUUAUUUUAUUUUACUGCUUUAAUUAUUUAUUUAUUUUAUUUUUUACUUAUCUAUUUUUUACUUAACACUUUUUUUCUUAACUGCAUUGUUGGUUAAGGGCUUGUAAGUAAGCAUUUAACUGUAAGGUCUACACCUGUUGUAUUCGGCCCAUUGUCACGAGGGUCUAUGUCGUCUAAGUAAGACCAAGGCGCAGCGUUACGAGUGAACAUGAUGACUUUAAUUAGAAAAGCACGUCAAUACAAAACAAAAGACGAAAGUGAAGUCCACAGUGAUAAUGACUGAACUUGGAACAAAAACCCACAAUGCCCACAGGAAAACAAUCAGAAUAAAUAUGGCUCCCAAUCAGAGAUAACGAGCCGACAGCUGACACUCGUUACCUCCGAUUGGGAGUCAUCGACCAAACCUAGAAAUGCAGCCAACAGAAAGGCAAACCUAGAAACAAAACCAAAACCCAACAAAACAAAAUACACCCUGGCUCAAAUACAAAAGUCCCAGAGCCAGAGUGUCACAGUACCCCCCCCUAAAGGUGCGCACUCCGGGCGCACCAGCAUACAGUCUAGGGGAGGGUCUGGGUGGGCGUCUGUCCACGGUGGCGGUUCUGGCCCUGGUCGUGGUCCCCACCCCACCUUAGUCACUAUCCGCCUCCGUAGCCUCCUCCAAAUGACCACCCCCCAACUAAACCCCACUGGAUUAAGGGGCGGCACCGGACUAAAGGGCAGCACCGGACUAAGGGGCAGCACCGGACUAAGGGGCAGUACCGGACUAAGGGGCAGCACCAGGAUAAGGGGCAGCACCGGGCUAAGGGACAGCCCCGGACUCAAUGGCGGAUCCUGGCUGGCUGGCUCUGGCGGAUCCUGGCUGGACGGCUCUGGCGGAUCCUGGCUGGACGGCUCUGGCGGAUCCUGGCUGGACGGCUCAUGGCUGGCUGAAGGAUCUGGCUGCUCAUGGCUGGCCGACGGAUCUGGCUGCUCAUGGCUGGCUGACGGAUCUGGCUGCUCAUGGCUGGCCGACGGAUCUGGCUGCUCAUGGCUGGCCAAAGGAUCUGGCUGCUCAUGGCUGGCUGAAGGAUCUGGCUGCUCAUGGCUGGCUGACGGAUCUGGCUGCUCAUGGCUGGCUGACGGAUCUGGCUGCUCAUGGCUGGCUGACGGAUCUGGCUGCUCAUGGCUGGCUGACGGAUCUGGCUGCUCAUGGCUGGCGGAAGGCUCUGGCUGAUCCUGUCUGGCGGAAGGCUCUGGCUGAUCCUGUCUGGCGGAAGGCUCUGGCUGAUCCUGUCUGGCGGAAGGCUCUAGCGGCUCCGGUCUGGCGGACGGCUCUGAAGGCUCAUGGCAGACGGGCGGCUUUGCAGGCUCAGUCCAGACGGGCAGUUCAGGCCCCGUUGGGCAGACGGCAGACUCUGGCCGUCUGAGGCGCACCGUAGGCCUGGUGCGUGGUGCCGGAACUGGAGGUACCGGGCUGAGGACACGCAUCUCAGGGCUAGUGCGGGGAGAAGCAACAGGGCAUGCUGGACCCUGGGGACGCACAUAAGGCCUAGUGCGGAGAGCAGGAACAGGGCAUGCUGGACCCUGGGGACGCACAUAAGGCCUAGUGCGGAGAGCAGCAACAGGGCAUGCUGGACCCUGAGGACGCACAUAAGGCCUAGUGCGGAGAGCAGGAACAGGGCAUGCUGGACCCUGGGGACGCACAUAAGGCCUAGUGCGGAGAGCAGCAACAGGGCAUGCUGGACCCUGAGGACGCACAUAAGGCCUAGUGCGGAGAGCAGCAACAGGGCAUGCUGGACCCUGGGGACGCACAUAAGGGCUAGUGCGGAGAGCAGCAACAGGACGCACAGGACUCGGGGAACACACAGGAGGCUUGGUGCGUGGUGUAGGCACUGGUGGUACUGGGCUGGAGCGGGGAGGUGGCGCCGGAAAUACCGGACCGUGCAGGCUUACUGGCCCCCUUGAGCACUGAGCCUGCCCAACCUUACCCGGGUUGAUGCUCCCCGUCGCCCGACCAGUACGGGGAGGUGGAAUAACCCGCACCGGCCUAUGUGGGCGAACCGGGAACACCAUGCGUAAGGCUGGUGCCAUGUACGCCGGCCCGAGAAGACGCACUGGUAGCCGGAUGCGUUGGGCCGGCUUCAUGACAUCUGGCUCAAUGCUCACUCUAACCCGGCCGAUACGUGGAGCUGAAAUGUACCGAACCGGGCUAUGCCUGCGUACAGGAGACACCAUGCGCUCUACUGCGUAACACGGUGUCUGCCCGUACUCUCGCUCUCCACGGUCAGUCCAGGGAGUAGGCGCAGGUCUCCUACCUGACUUCGCCACACUCCCUUUUAGCCCCCCCCCAAGAAAUUUUUGGGUAGUACCCACGGGCUUCCAGCCUCGACUCCGUGCUGCCUCCUCAUACCACCUCCUCUCGGCUUUAGCUGCCUCCAGCUCUUCACGAGGGCGGCGAUAUUCUCCCGGUUGUGCCCAAGGACCCUUUCCAUCCAGUAUCUCCUCCCAUGUCCAUGAAUCCUUGAUAGGCGUCCAUAAAUCCUGUUGCCGCUUGACACGCUGCUUGGUCCUUUUAAGGUGGGUUUUUCUGUCACGAGGGUCUAUGUCGUCUAAGUAAGACCAAGGCGCAGCGUUACGAGUGAACAUGAUGACUUUAAUUAGAAAAGCACGUCAAUACAAAACAAAAGACGAAAGUGAAGUCCACAGUGAUAAUGACUGAACUUGGAACAAAAACCCACAAUGCCCACAGGAAAACAAUCAGAAUAAAUAUGGCUCCCAAUCAGAGAUAACGAGCCGACAGCUGACACUCGUUACCUCCGAUUGGGAGUCAUCGACCAAACCUAGAAAUGCAGCCAACAGAAAGGCAAACCUAGAAACAAAACCAAAACCCAACAAAACAAAAUACACCCUGGCUCAAAUACAAAAGUCCCAGAGCCAGAGUGUCACACCCAUGUUGCAAAUUCAUUUGAUUAUAUUUAUACUACGGAUCAGGUUUGAGGUGUUAGCGAGGUAACUUUGGUCAACUCUUAGUUCAAUUCGGGAUAACCAGUAACAUGAAAGUGGCUUACCUUUUAGCCAGGUACAUUUCUAUGGCAACGAAUCCUUCAAAACUAACCUUCUCCAGGGCAGGCUAACUCAGGGCUAACUCCAUUUAUCCUGAAUGAAGUGUCUGAGCCAAAGAUUGUGUUAUCAUCUCCUUCAUUUGAAAUAUUUUUCUUUGUGUAAGAAAAUAGUAAUGUUAAAAUACCUAUUAUUUUACCCAUUUCGUAAGGACAGCAUUUGCUUUCCAAACUGUGUAUAUAAUCCAUAGAUGGCAGUUCCCAUUCAAGUCAAGACUGGCAGCCAUUGCUAGUGUACCCAUGAUUAACAGUCAAAUUGCCAUGGUUAGAGGUUCCAAAACCCUUCUAUGGAUUAUAUGGCUAUGGCCACAAUGCAACAAGCCACAGAUAGAAGGAGCGAUAGGAAUGGGAAAAAGGUGCUUGUGCAUUGAUAAGAACACCAAAGCACAAGAUGGCAUUAACGAUAAGUAAUAAAAUAAAGACGGUACUUCUAAAAGCCUAUAUCACACCAUAGCCUGCUGAAAUUGCAAGAUAACUUUUCUUUCAGUUUGAUAUAGGCACAAGUUAAAAUGUGACACUGACUCACCCAUGAAUUGAUGUUUCAGCAUUGUCUCAAUGAAGAGUUCGGCGUUCGACCAGCCAUGUGCGAAUGCCUGCUAGAGUAAGCACAGGUGGGCGGGCGAGCAUAAUCCACCAUCGUAGUACAGAUGAAUCCUGAAUUGCUUCGUAGUAUACAACUAUGGGGACAGACACAACGAGAGACACACUGACACACACACUAACCACCAUUCCCUUGUAUCUCUCUCUGUUAGUCUAAUGGAUGGGAUGCCAGUGAGAUGUUCAACUACGGAGUCAACUCCACCUAUGGCUUCCUCUUCAUGUACACCUGAGUAUUCUCCUCAGUCUGUGUCUUUUUAGAAGGUUUAGUAAUGCAUUAUUUGCCUCAAAAGCACCCCAUUUCCAACCAGAAUACCCAUAUUAAUACUGGUAUACCUUACUGAUAAGACCAUGUACAUUUUCACUCCUUUCCAUCUAUCCCUCUUUUCCCCCUCAGUGUUCCUCUGGAGAGGCCUGCCUCAGAUGAAUGAGACGAGGGCAACCUCCAGAUACCACCACCUCAUCUCACUAAACAACAAUGAAGGCAAGACUGAGGAGUACAAGUACAGUACCACGGUCUAA